AUGGGUUCACAGAUGUUAGGUGAAAUGAGGCCCAUUUUCUGUGGAAACUUUGACUAUGAUGCACGGCAGUCUGAUCUGGAGAGACUUUUCAGGAGAUAUGGGAAGGUGGAUAGAGUGGAUAUGAAGUCUGGGUUUGCGUUUGUUUAUAUGGAUGAUGAGAGAGAUGCCGAGGAUGCAAUUCGAGGACUUGACCGGAGGGAAUUUGGAAGAAAGGGACGUCGGCUUCGUGUUGAGUGGACAAAGCAAGAGCGUAGCGUUAGAAGGCCUGAGAGUUCAAGAAGGUCUUCAACGAAUAUGAGACCAUCCAAGACUCUGUUCGUUAUUAAUUUCGAUCCGUAUCAUACCAAGGAAAGGGACUUGGAGAGGCACUUUGACCCAUACGGGAAAGUAGUGAAUAUUAGGAUCAGAAGAAAUUUUGCAUUUAUCCAGUUUGAAUCACAGGAGGAUGCCUCCAAAGCUCUGGAUGCUACAAACAUGAGCAAGCUGAUGGAUCGAGUUAUUUCAGUGGAGUAUGCAAUCAAAGAUGAUGAUGAAAGGAAGAAUGGACAUAGCCCUGAUAGAAAUCGGGAUAGGUCACCUGGGAGGAGAGGUUAUGACAGGGGACGAUCUCCGAGCCCCUAUGGGAGAGAGAGGGGAAGUCCUGAUUAUGGCCGUGGACGUGGCCGCAGCCCAAGUCCGUACCGAAAGGAGCGGGCUAGUCCUGAUUACGGUCGUGGCCCUAGUCCAAGUCCCAAUGGAAGGGAAAGAGAUUAUGGACGUGGUCCCACCCCAAGUCCUCGAAGAGGCAGGCAUACUUCUGACAAUGGCCGUGGACCUAGCCCAAGGGAGAGGGUAAGCCCUGAAUAUGGUCAUGGGGCUGACCCAAGUCCUCGAAGGGAGAGGGUUAGUCCUGAUGAUGAGUAUCAUCGCAGCGCCAGCCCAAAUACUAAGCCAGACCUGAGGGACAGUCCCGGGUAUGGUGCAACAGAAAGCCCCUUGCAUGACCGAUACCGAAGUCGUUCACGGGAGAGAUCGAGAUCAUGA